CCUCGGGGAGAGAGGGCUGAGUUUUGUGCGCCUCCGUCCGCUGCGCGCGCCGCUCCAGGCCCCGCCGCGCCCCGCCUGCGCCCGGGACUGCGCCGCGGCGCUCACUGCCCCGUUUAUUUGUCUUUGGAGCAGGCGGGCCGCGCCAGAAGCGGGCGAUCCCGCCGUGUCCUGCAGCCGCGGACGCCGCCUGGCUAGGAUGACACCACGUUGAGCGCGCCUGCAAACCACCGCCACCACCACCACCGCAUCCGCGGCCACCGCGGCCACCGCGUCCCGCUCCUCCGAAGCGCCGCCGCUCCCGCGCCCCCGGCCGUCCGGAGCGCCCGGCCGCUGGUGUAUGUCGCGCCUGCCCGGGACGGGCUGAAGCCGGCGGCGGGCCGGACCGCAGGCGCCGAGCAGGGCGAGCGCGGCCAGGGCAGCCGCCUGCCGCCGAGCGCCGAGCGCCGCUGCUCGCGGAAGCGCCUUCGGCCGGAGCCGCGGCCGCCGCCAGCAGUGUUCAUGUUUGGGAUUCAGGAGAACAUUCCGCGCGGGGGGACGACCAUGAAGGAGGAGCCGCUGGGCAGCGGCAUGAACCCGGUGCGCUCGUGGAUGCACACGGCGGGGGUGGUGGACGCCAACACGGCCGCCCAGAGCGGCGUGGGGCUGGCGCGGGCGCACUUCGAGAAGCAGCCGCCUUCCAACCUCCGGAAGUCCAAUUUCUUCCACUUCGUGCUGGCGCUCUACGACAGGCAGGGGCAGCCGGUGGAGAUCGAAAGGACCGCGUUCGUGGACUUUGUGGAGAAGGAGAAAGAGCCCAACAACGAGAAAACCAACAACGGCAUCCACUAUAAACUCCAGUUGCUGUAUAGCAACGGAGUCAGAACGGAGCAGGAUCUGUAUGUUCGCCUCAUAGAUUCAAUGACCAAACAGGCCAUCGUGUACGAGGGCCAGGACAAGAACCCGGAGAUGUGUCGCGUGCUGCUGACCCACGAGAUAAUGUGCAGCCGGUGCUGUGACAAGAAAAGUUGUGGCAACAGAAACGAAACGCCCUCAGACCCUGUAAUCAUUGACAGAUUCUUUCUAAAGUUUUUCCUCAAGUGCAAUCAGAACUGUUUGAAGAAUGCAGGCAACCCUCGAGAUAUGCGGAGAUUCCAGGUUGUUGUGUCGACAACAGUCAACGUGGACGGCCACGUGCUGGCCGUGUCUGACAACAUGUUUGUGCACAACAAUUCCAAACACGGGCGGCGGGCCCGCCGCCUAGACCCGUCAGAAGGUACGGCCCCUUCUUAUCUGGAAAAUGCCACUCCGUGCAUCAAGGCCAUCAGCCCCAGCGAAGGCUGGACCACGGGGGGAGCCACCGUGAUCAUAAUCGGAGACAACUUCUUCGACGGCCUGCAAGUCGUGUUCGGAACCAUGUUGGUGUGGAGCGAGCUCAUCACUCCCCAUGCCAUCCGGGUGCAGACCCCGCCGCGGCACAUUCCUGGAGUUGUUGAAGUCACCCUGUCCUACAAAUCCAAGCAGUUCUGUAAAGGUGCUCCUGGGCGGUUUGUCUACACUGCCCUUAAUGAACCAACCAUAGAUUACGGCUUUCAGAGGUUGCAGAAAGUGAUCCCAAGACAUCCGGGUGAUCCCGAAAGGUUACCCAAGGAAGUAUUACUUAAGAGGGCGGCCGAUCUGGUGGAAGCCUUAUACGGGAUGCCCCACAACAACCAGGAGAUCAUCCUGAAGCGAGCGGCUGACAUUGCCGAGGCCUUGUACAGCGUGCCCCGCAACCACAACCAGAUCCCCACCCUGGGCAACACCCCCGCGCACACGGGCAUGAUGGGCGUGAACUCCUUCAGCAGCCAGCUAGCCGUCAACGUGUCCGAGACCUCGCAGGCCAACGACCAAGUCGGCUACAGUCGCAAUACCAGCAGCGUGUCCCCGCGAGGCUACGUCCCCAGCAGUACUCCCCAGCAGUCCAAUUACAACACAGUCAGCACUAGCAUGAAUGGAUAUGGAAGUGGCGCCAUGGCCAAUCUAGGGGUCCCGGGCUCGCCUGGAUUUCUUAAUGGCUCUUCCGCCAACUCUCCCUACGGCAUAGCACCGUCCAGCCCCACCAUGGCAGCCUCUUCGGUCACCCUCCCUUCAAACUGUAGCGGCACACACAGCAUUUUCUCAUUCUCACCUGCCAAUGUCAUCUCUGCAGUGAAACAAAAGAGCGCCUUCGCGCCCGUGGUCCGGCCCCAAGCUUCUCCUCCUCCCUCCUGCACCAGCACCAACGGGAACGGACUCCAAGGCUCUCUGCUGGGUGCUGAGGACGUUACCGUGGAGAAGACAAACUGGCCCUUUUGUGAAGUCGGUGGCAUAUUUCACUUUGAUGAACUAAUGCUCAAAAAAGGAACUGGAAAGCUAUGUCUGGGCUGGUAGUCCCGCCGAUGUGAGGGGCUCGCCUUCCCUCCCGCAGCACCCAGCACCCAAGGACGGACUUCAGGGGACACGUUUAGUAUAUAUGAGCUGCUGCUGAAGCCAUUGUCUGCAAACACAUCAGCCGCGGUGGAAAUGCUACAAGAGACUUUGUUUAAAGAUUUUAUUUAAACUAUUAAGAAUCAACAUGCAAACAGCCUACUUCUUCAUGAACAAUUCCAUUUUAUUGACUGAACUUUUCUCAUAUUUUCACAUUUCUCAGUCCUGAAGACUAAGGAAAACAAAGCGACGCCUAUUUUGUAUAAAGUUUCUGACUCCGUCUUCGCUAUGUCUAGUACUUGCUAUGUGUUGGGAGAAACUUUGUGAAUGCACCAUUUUGAUUAUCAUGAAACACUGAUGAAAAAUGCCUCCAAACAUUUUUCUGUGCUCAUACUUAGAUUCACAAUGGUUGUGUAUCUCUAUAAUGUGAAAUAUUUUUUUGUGGUGAAAAAAAAAAAAGGGGCCAAGGAGGUGUGAGCCAUCGAACUGGAAGAAAGGAGGACUACGUGACUAGGAGAAUUCGGGGUGGCAGGGAGGGAGGGUGGGUUUAUCAUUGCUUAACUUCAUCUUAAUGAAAUGAAACUUUGUAACUUAUUGUAGUUAGAAAUUGUAACUUUGAUAUUGAAUUCUCUUGCCUUCAACAAGCACACUGACAGAAAAAAAAAUAUGCUACUGUCUGUUGGUUAAAAUAUUCUCCCACUGCUAGAGCUUCCUGUUAAGCAAGUGUGAUCUGCAACAUUUUUUCAACUUUUGCUAGCACUGUAUACUAUUGCAUUCUUAGGCUACUGUGAGGUCCAUGUUUCUUGUACCAGAAAUUGUCCUUUUGACUUCUAGCUCCUUCUUCCCUAAUGUGUUUUGUAUGUGGUUAUAAAAUUGUAGACUUUUGUGAUUUUGCCAAAGUUGUAGCUAAAUAUUUAUACACUUGUCUUGAAUUUUUUUCAGAUCCACUUAAAUAUUUAGAAAAAAAAAACAAAACACGUUUUCUUCCUUAUGUGUCUCAUAAGGAAUAAAAUGGUCUCCAUUCAACACUUUUCCAUGAACACCUACAGUUGCUAAGGGACUUUCUUUUGUAACAUAUCGAUUAUAAAUAUUGUAUUUAUCUUUGAAAUUUUGUACAUUGCUUUUCCUGCCAUUUCCUUUUUCUUGUCUGUAUUGGUUUUGGAUCGUGGCCUGGUGUUGGGAAGAGCACUAAGCCCAGAGCUGUCUCUUUGACCUGUUUUGUUAAAGCGAACCAGUGUCCUUGCAUUUCAUUUGUACUUCAAAGAUUUGCUUUUGUUUAGACUUUCCAUCCUUCUUUUCCCUUUUUUUUUUAUUUUGAGGAAAAGUCAAAUUCAUUGUUUAUUUUUAUAUUAUUUUUAAGUUAUCUGAACAAAUACUUUUGAAAAAAAGUUCGUUGUAUAGUCAAAACAAAACGGUGCCACUCAGCUGUGACAAAUCCUAGUAGAUUCUGUGCAUGUGGAACAGCAACGAAGAGGGGACACCGUUUGGGGCUGUGUCCUUAUUUUUCUGUAGAAUGUAAAAAGUCAUUUUAGCUGCCACCCAUGACUUUGCCACAUAGCUGAACUGUGUUUACUGGAAAAAUUCAGAGGCCUAAAGUUUAAAAUAAAAUUUACUUCUGAUGUUUUAAUUAAAAUGUUUGCCACAUUAA